AUGGACGUGAGAGAUCAGUUGAUGCAAGCGGCUGCGCAAACUGUCGACGCACUCAGUUUCACACAAACUCAUGUGAUUGACGAAGAUUUCCGGGCGCACAAUAGAGCAACUAUUGAGUCGGUACGUUCGCUGCAGCGUGAGCAGCGCAGCCGCAUAGAGCAAACCUAUGGACCCCAAUCACCCUCCGCAGAUGUGCUGGCGCUGCAACUUCUAUCAAGUUACCGUGGUGAGAUAACAUUCCUAGACCACUCGCGGGGGAGGGAUGGGCGAACUUCCCCCUCGGCAGCGGCCGGUGUAGUAACAUCUCUAACGCACGGACAGUGCCUUUCCUUUAAAAAAGAGAUGAAACAGCGUAUUCACGAGUGGGAGCGGGUGUUUUGUGAAGAGCGUGGGGUUGCAGUGACCACUCGUGAUAAGGCCAUGCUGCGACAGGUGUAUGAACUAUAUAAACUGGCAAAGAACCGCUUACGGGGAGAGGAGUCACCCACCAAUGGCGGUGGCGAAGACAAUAACAAUCUCACAAACUCUCAAUCGCAGACACAACAGCCUCAGGGUGCACGAUCCAGUAGUGAACGUGCGAACAGUGCGGGGACGGUGACAUCAGGAGUGAGAGUACGGACUCCCUCCCCCUCCGGCAGUCAGGUGGAUAACCCGGCUCGUAGAGUUGUCGGGUCUACAACUCAGCCCAGUGGUUUGCAGCGUCAGGUGGUCAGGUCAUCCACAUCGUCAGGACUGUCCGCAAACGAGGGGCCGGGCUCCACGCAACCGACGAUCGGCAGUGGUAUCCGCGUGUCACAGAUGUCAAAUGAGGAGCUCGCCGCUGAAAAGCGGUACUUGAAGCGGAUUCUCCACCGUUUUGAGAGCGAUUUUGAACAGCGUAACGGAUUUGCACCAACGAGGAAUGAUCGGCAGGCGCACUCUUACGAAUACAUACGGUACGGGGAGUUGAAGAACGAAAUAAUUAGGCGCAUGCCGUCGGUUGCUGGCGGGUAA